CUUCUCCCCCUCCCCCCUUUUCUCCCUCUCCGGGUUUGGGCCCCUUCUCUUCCCCUCUCCCCCCUCCUUCCCGAGCCCCCUUCCCCUCCCCCGCCCCGCUCCCCGCCCCGGGCCCGGGGAGACCCCCCUCGGAGGAGAGCCCGCCCCCAGAAGCGCGCCGCCGCCGCCGGCCGUCGGGGCCGAGCCGCAGCCGAGCGGCCGUGGGCCCGGGCGGCGGGCGGACACCGGGCGCCCUCCCCGCGCUGGCCCCCGUGAGGUGAAUUGCCAGAGGCGACCCCUUCCUCAGUGUCUCUCUACAGUAUACCUGGUACAGUUCCUAAGGUCCCACCCGGAUGGAGGAGCCAGCAGCACAUCUGUGCUAGGAAUCAGGUUAAACUUGUUUUUUAAAAGAGAUGCCAUACCAACACUGGACUCAUGGAGACUGAGCAUUUAUUCAGAAAUCCAUAGAAGCUGCUGUACCCUGCUGCAGAACAUGUCUAACAGUAACACUACUCAGGAGACUCUGGAAAUAAUGAAAGAAUCAGAAAAAAAACUGGUGGAAGAAUCUGUAAACAAAAAUAAGUUUAUAUCUAAAACGCCAAGUAAGGAAGAAGUCGAGAAGGAGGGUGAAGAGAACGGCCUGCGUCAAGAGACACAGAGACGGACAUCCAGUCAUGGCCAUGCCAGGAAAAGAGCCAAGUCUAAUUCCAAGCUCAAGUUGGUGCGUAGUCUGGCAGUAUGUGAGGAAUCCUCCACUCCAUUUGUUGAUGGGCCACUAGACACCCAGGAUAUAAUUCAACUGCACAUCAGCUGCCCCUCUGACAAGGAGGAAGAAAAGUCCACAAAAGAUGUCUCUGAAAAGGAAGACAAGGACAAAAACAAAGAAAAGGCCCCGAGGAGGAUGCUAUCCAGAGACUCUAGCCAAGAAUAUACCGACUCUACUGGAAUAGAUCUACAUGAAUUUCUUGUAAAUACACUGAAAAAGAACCCAAGGGACAGAAUGAUGCUGCUAAAGUUAGAGCAAGAGAUUCUGGAUUUCAUCAAUGACAACAAUAACCAGUUCAAGAAGUUCCCUCAGAUGACCUCAUAUCACCGGAUGCUAUUACACCGGGUAGCUGCCUAUUUUGGGAUGGACCACAAUGUUGAUCAAACCGGGAAAGCUGUCAUCAUCAACAAAACCAGCAGCACGAGGAUCCCUGAACAGAGGUUCUCAGAACAUAUAAAAGAUGAGAAGAACACAGAAUUUCAACAGAGAUUCAUUCUCAAGAGAGAUGAUGCCAGUAUGGACCGAGAUGAUAACCAGACCGGCCAGAAUGGAUAUCUAAAUGACAUCAGACUCUCCAAAGAAGCCUUGCCUUCUAGCUCUCACAAGAGAAGGCAGAUUUUUAGGGGAAACCGGGAAGGGCUGAGCCGCACCUCAAGCAGCCGACAGAGCAGCACAGACAGCGAACUCAAAUCCCUAGAGCCACGGCCUUGGAGCAGCACAGACUCAGAUGGCUCUGUCCGCAGUAUGCGACCACCUGUCACCAAAGCCAGCAGCUUCAGUGGAAUCUCCAUCCUCACCAGAGGUGACAGCAUUGGCAGCAGCAAAGGCGGCAGUGCAGGCAGGCUCUCCAGGCCAGGCGUGGUACUAGGUGCCCCAGAAGUGUGCAACCAGGUCACCUCAGCCCAGUCUGUCCGGGGCCUUCUUCCUUGUCCUGCCCAGCAGCAGCAGCAGCAGCAGCAGCAGCUUCCUGCCCUCCCACCCACUCCUCAACAACAGCCACCCUUGAAUAGUCACAUGAUCUCACAGCCAGUCCCGGCCCUGCAGCCCUCUCCGCAGCCGGUUCAGUUUUCUCCAAGCUCCUGUCCCCAGGUCCUUCUGCCAGUCUCUCCACCCCAGCAGUACAACAUGGCAGAAGACCUCAGCAACCCCUUUGGACAAAUGAGCCUUAGCCGCCAAGGUUCUACUGAAGCAGCUGACCCUUCCUCAGCUUUGUUCCAGCCCCCACUUAUCUCCCAGCAUCCUCAGCAGGCUAGUUUCAUCAUGGCUUCUGCAGGACAGCCCCUUCCAACUUCCAACUAUUCCACUUCUAGCCAUGCUCCACCUACCCAGCAAGUCCUGCCACCCCAAGGUUACAUGCAGCCCCCUCAGCAGAUCCAGGUUUCUUACUACCCUCCCGGACAGUAUCCUAAUUCCAACCAGCAAUACCGACCUCUGUCUCACCCGGUGGCCUAUAGCCCCCAGCGUGGUCAGCAGCUGCCUCAAGCGUCCCAGCAGCCGGGCUUACAGCCCAUGAUGUCUAACCAGCAGCAGACGGCUUAUCAAGGCAUGCUUGGGGUCCAGCAGCCUCAGAGCCAGGGCCUACUCAGCAACCAGAGGACCAGCAUGGGAGGCCAGAUGCAAGGCCUGGUGGUUCAGUACACUCCACUGCCUUCUUACCAAGUCCCUGUGGGCAGUGACUCACAAAACGUGGUCCAGCCACCGUUCCAGCAGCCCAUGCUAGUUCCUGCCAGCCAGUCUGUGCAAGGAGGCCUCCCAGCAGGAGGUGUGCCUGUGUACUACAGCAUGAUCCCACCAGCUCAGCAGAAUGGUACGAGUCCUUCUGUGGGGUUUCUGCAGCCUCCAGGCUCUGAGCAGUACCAGAUGCCUCCAUCUCCCUCUCCCUGCAGCCCACCACAGAUGCCACAGCAGUACUCAGGAGUGUCACCUUCUGGACCAGGUGUGGUAGUCAUGCAACUGAAUGUUCCUAACGGACCCCAGGCCCCCCAGAAUCCAUCCAUGGUCCAGUGGAGUCACUGCAAAUACUACAGUGUGGACCAGCGUGGUCAGAAGCCUGGAGACCUGUACAGUCCUGAUGGUAACCCCCAGGCCAACGCACAGAUGGGCAGCAGCCCAGUCACAUCUCCUACCCAGUCUCCAGCACCCUCUCCUGUCACGAGCCUCAGCAACGUCUGCACUGGACUCAGCCCCAUGCCUGUCCUCACACCAUUCCCCCGGCCGGGAGGUCCCGCACAGGGUGAUGGGCGCUAUUCCCUAUUGGGUCAGCCAUUACAAUACAAUCUGUCCAUCUGCCCUCCCUUGCUCCAUGGCCAGUCGACUUACACAGUGCACCAGGGACAGAGUGGAUUGAAGCACGGAAACCGAGGCAAGAGACAAGCACUCAAAUCUGCCUCCACUGACCUGGGGACAGCAGAUGUUGUGCUGGGAAGGGUUCUGGAGGUGACUGAUCUCCCUGAAGGAAUCACCCGUACGGAGGCAGACAAACUCUUCACUCAGCUUGCCAUGUCUGGUGCCAAGAUCCAGUGGCUUAAGGAUGCUCAGGGGCUGCCUGGUGCAGGCGGGGGGGACAACAGUGGGACUGCUGAGAACGGCCGCCACCCGGACCUCGCAGCCCUGUACACAAUAGUGGCCGUAUUCCCCAGCCCCCUGGCCGCCCAGAACGCCUCCCUUCGCCUCAACAACUCUGUGAGUCGCUUCAAACUCCGAGUGGCUAAAAAGAACUACGACCUGAGGAUCCUGGAGCGAGCUAGCUCUCAAUAGCUGGAGGAGGGGAGGGGCUGGGCACAGUAGGAGCAAGGGCCAAGCACAGGGAGCCAAGGCUGAUGGACAGACUGGGCCAGAGCCUACCACAUUAUGGCUGAAGAGAGAAGCAGAGUCUCACACCGGCAUGGGACUCCCUUGUCAUGGGUCCCCCUUUUCCCUGGUUGGUCCCCUUCUGUCUUCCCCUCCUUCCCAUCUUCUAUCAUUUUUUAAAUCUCUUCUCCCACCAUGAAUUUAAUUUCUUUCAUAUUUUUGGCUGAGUAAAAUUGAGAGGCCCCGCCCUCCUCUUCUCCUAUUUCAUCACCAGCCCAACCUCCCUUCCCUCUUUUGGUCUUCAUGAAUAUAUUUAUAUGGACAGAAUUAAGAAAAAUAAAUUGAUUUUCCCCAUUCGUACACUUCCCCAUCUCGUCACCCCAAACCCCACAGAGUUAAAACUUGGGACUCCCCUCACCCCUAAUCCAUCCCCAGAACACUUGUAUAUUGUUUGUUUGAGGUUUGUGACACAGUAACAGACACAGUAUUUAAUUGCACAUACAGAUGUUUGCUGGGUUCACUGUAAAUUUUAUUUAAUCUGGUUUUUUGUUUGUUUGGGGAGUUACUUGGGGGGAGGUUGGUUUUGUUUAUAAAUAUAAAAAAAGCAAAAACCUGUC